UCGAACUGUGAAAUGGUGGUACAUAUAGGAAUUAAUGGUUUCGGUCGUAUAGGUAGAAUUAUAUUUAGAACGUGUUUUGAAAGCAGUGAUUUAGAGGUCUCAGCAAUAAAUGAUCCAGCAGUCGAUACGGACUACAUUUGCUACCUAAUGAAAUUUGAUUCCACUCAUGGAAGGUUUUCUAAUAAUUUAAUGUUCACAACAAAUGAAAUCACCAUAGACGGUACAAAAAUUAAGGUGUUUCAUGAGAAAUUACCAUCGAAUAUACCGUGGCAGACCGCAGGAGUCCAAUAUGUAGUUGAAGCUUCUGGAAUGUUCACGAACUGCGAAAAGGCUUCGGGUCACCUGGCUAGUGGUAGUGUGAAGAGAGUUAUAGUAACAGCUCCUAGCGUUGAUAUUCCAAUGAUGAUAUUAGGUGUUAAUGAAGAACAAAUUAAUACAGAACAAAAAGUGAUAUCUUGUGCAUCUAGCACGUUGUACUGUUUGGCGCCAUUGGUAAAGGUGUUAGAGGACAAUUACGGUAUAGCCGAGGGUUUUAUCACGAGCAUACACGCAAUGACCCCGUCUCUAAAGCCAUUAGAUGGUCUUUGUUUAAGAGGAAAGCAUUGGCGUGAUCAUAGAAGCAUUCUUCAGAACAUUAUUCCAGCUGCGACCGGCGCUUGUAAAGCUCUUGGUAGAAUUAUACCACAAGUCAAAAAUAAAAUGACCGGAUUAGCGUUUAGAGUGCCCAUUGUUAAUGUUUCUGUACUUGAUGUUACAAUAAGAUUAAAUAACAGCACAACAAUUGAAGAUAUAAUCAAGUGUAUAGAAAACGAAAGUCAAUCAACUAUGAAAAAUAUAAUGAAUACUUCGAGCGAGGAAGUAGUAUCCUCUGACUUCUUAGGCGAUAAAAAUUCUUGCAUUCUUGAUAAAAAUUCAAGUUUACAAUUAACACCGAACUUCUUUAAGCUAAUUUGUUGGUAUGAAAAUGAAUAUUCUUACGCUUGCCGUGUUGUAGAUACCAUAAUGUGUUCAGAAAAAUGUUUUAAUUGUGAACAUCUGUUUAAUAUAAGAAAUAAUCAGUUUAUGUCAAACAGAUUAUUUAUAGAACCUAAUAUACCGUUUCUGGAUGAACAAAUAUUUAUCAUGCCUUCAUAUAAAUUACAAAAUAAAUCCAAUUUACUAUUAAGUAUGUCCCAAGAUAAUAAUUUUAGAAAAAAACAGUUCAAAACUACACAAGCUUGUCGAAUUUACGAAUGCAUCCACUCGGGUAUGACUGAAGAUGAACACAAAAACGAGAUUUUUGAGAUAUGGAAUGAUGAUAUCAAAGACAGACAGCCAAAGCUAAGAGAAAAUAUACAAUACAAUAAUUUUUGCCACAGUUGUGUAAGAACAACGCCGCCUGAUGAAGUACCACGUAUUACUAAUGAGAACGAACCUGAUAAGGAUAAGGCAGAAUUUGCUAAAAUGACGCAUAAAACUAAUGACAUUUUGAAUUGGUCGAUACGUCAAAAAUAUGAAGUAAAUUUUUCAGAGGAUGCAAUAGAACAAACCACUGAGAAUAUCAAUUGUAAUAGGACUUUCAAAAGUAGUCCCAUGAGCGGUGACUAUGUGCCUUGUGACAACAAAUUUUAUACACAUAUGCCAGAGACUAACACGCCCAAAAAAGAUCACUGCAAUUCUAGUGAAUCUUUGAGUAAAUAUGAUUUCGAGAUAAUUGAAUCCAAGUUGGAAAAUGACAAUGUAAAUAAGCUAUCAGAAGUAGAAAAUAAGUUGAACAAAAACCAUAUCCUAGAGAAUGAGAUCAUUGAUAAGAACUCUGAUGUAACAUACAAUGAGUUUGAUAAACUAGUAACUGGAGACAAUGAAGCAGAAUAUAAAAAUAUUCAGAUACUUGAAGAUAUAACUAAUAUCGAACAUACUGAAAUACCUUUAUCAAACAUAAAAAUUUUAAGCACAACAGACAAUAAUGACAAUCAGAGUGAUGAAAUACAUGAUAAUAAUAACUCAAAAGGUAUUGAACUUGAUGAAGCUUUGAAUUUACAUGAAAGCACUUUGAAUGAGAUGAAUGAACACAGAAAUGAUAAUAUAGACAUUCAGACUGAAAAUCAUAAAAUAUUAAACAUGAAAAAGCAUUUACAAAAGAAAAUUCUAGCAGGUAUUGUGCAGUCAUUGUCUUCAGAAACAAUUUUAAACGGAAAUGAAUUAACGAGUUUACCAGCUAUAAAUAGCACCAACGUAAGCAAUACUGAUAGAUUAGGAAAUAUUUCAGACAUUUAUGACAAAUUAGACAGUGUGAGUGGAUCAGAUUCUGAGAAUUCAUUUCAAAUCAAAGAGAGAAAGUCACAAGUUCUUAAAGUAACGGACUUGACAGCGUCUUUGGAAGAUUUGGCGCGAUUGGACAAAAUCUGCAAAAUAAUUGAGAUAUCUGAUGAACUAUCAGACAAACUAUUUUCAGUAUUAGAUACUAAUAAUCCAAAUUUCAGAAGAAGGAAUUGGUCUCUAAAAGAUUUAUGCGAGAGAUUAAAAUUGGAUGAAUUUUAUAAUAAUGUGUUUGGGCACUCAAAAUAA